AUGAAUAACCAAGGACAAGCCCCCGCUGGUCAGAAGGAGGAUUAUGGCGACAAGGCUGCCGCAUUCAUCAACAAGAAUACUGGAGGCCACGUCAAGGACAAGAAGAUGAUGGAGAAGAUCACCGAUGGACUUCGAAGCGCAUAUGAGAAAGCGACUGGCAAGAAGGUCAACCCGAAAUACUCCAACUAG